CACACACACACACACACACACACACAAGGCUUUGUGAUUUCACUUUCGAGCCACCUCCAGAUACGUUCUGCAGAAGAAUAUCUUUUUAAUGUGAGUGUCAAUUGUUCUUUACAUAUCUCUAUUCACGUCCUCCACGUUCGUCAACCCCUCGUUUCAUUUGCCCCUCCCUUUCCACACCGCUCUAGUUUAUACAUCUAGUCCUUCUCCACUAUUCUACUUCUUUUGCUAUACUCUGGGGUAUUAUUUGUUUUACCUGUCAUCUCAUUUGUGUCUAAUUGCCCCUCUUGCUCUUCUUGCGCCUCCUCUUCUUCCUAGAGACCUUGGAAGAUCCCAACUCUCCAAAGCACGUCCUGAUCCGCCUCAAUUACAAGCCCCUAACUUCCAGGAAACAAGCAAUAGCCAUAUCAUUCCUUCAUACUAAUCAACUACGCUCCAGACACGGGCAAAAAAAGAAAGGAAAAAAAAAAAUCGCAGUACAUACUCCAAUGCGCCCACCACUCCGCAUCGCCGUCCUCGAAUGCGACAAGCCGCCGGAUGAAGCCAACGAGCGUCACGGCGGCUACGGCGGACUCUUUGGCGAACUCAUCCGCGCUGGCGCCGACGCAUUGGGCCAACCGGACGUGUUAUCAUCGACCAAGGGCCUUGAAAUUACAAAAUGGGACGUGCUGCGCGAAGAACGAUAUCCUGAGCUUGACGAUAUCGACGCCAUUCUUUUGACUGGAUCUAAGCAAAACGCAUUCGACAACGCGCCGUGGAUCCACAAACUCGUCGCCUACGUGCAGCGCGUGCUCGCGCAAUCCCGCGUGCGCAUCAUCGGCAUCUGUUUCGGCCACCAGAUCGUCGGCCGGGCCAUGGGCGUCAAAGUGGACCGCAGCACCCAAGGAUGGGAAAUCUCCGUGUGUCCCAUGCAACUGUCCCCGCGGGGCAAGCAGCUGUUCCAAAAGGAACACAUCAAUCUGUUCCAAAUGCAUCGAGAUAUCGUCUACGAGUACCCUCCCGGUGUCGAGCCCCUGGGGUAUAGCCCCAAAUGCGCCGUGCACGGCAUGUAUGCGCCCGGCCGCCUGAUCACGGUGCAAGGCCAUCCGGAAUUCACGGCGGAGAUUAUGCGCGAGAUGCUGGUCAAGAGACAUGCUGCUGGCGUGUUUGACGAUGAAAUGUACAAUGAUGCCAUGGCCCGCGUGGACAAUGCGCAUGAUGGCGUCGGCGUCGCGGCUUCGUUUUUGAGGUUUUUGCUAGAGGAUUAGAGGUUUCUUAUCUCUAGUCAACGGGUCUCUCUGCUUCUAUUCAAGGAUCUCUUUGCUUCUAUUAAGGGGCUCUCUCUGCUAGAUUUGGAUUUGGAUUUGGAUUUGGCAUUUACGAUCCCCGUGUGGGUACGCCAGGCCAGUUUUUGAGGGGUUGGCUUUCCCACGGAUUUGAUUUUGAUGACUGAAUGUGUUUUUUUUUUCUUGGAUACACCACUGUUGAGACACAGAUAGUAUCCAUACCAGUGAUGCUGUCUGAGGUUCUCUCCUUUUCCGAUAUUACCCAUCCAUAUAUAUAGUGUUUUUUUUUAAUUGAGCAGUUUAUAGCCAGACUAAGCAUUGGAUGAAUGAGGAGAAUAUAGAGCAAUGUACAUAUUUUCACUCUACGAAAGUUUCAAGUAGAUGAAUCCCCGUG